AUGUGGGUCCCGUCACAUACUGGUUUCAAUGGCAACGAAGAAGUCGACCUACUAGCGAACCAAGCUAUAUCAUCCACUGAAUCAACUGUUAGAAAUUCCUUACCAUAUAAAGACCUAUCAAGAAUAAUCAACCUAAUCUCAAACAAACAAUGGCAAUCACAAUGGGACAGAACCUCGGAUAUCAAAUUAAAAAAUAUGAAAAAAACCAUACAGAAAUGGCGAUCCCCCAUAAACACAACCCGUAAUGCAGAUAUCGUCACAACUACAGCCAGAAUUGGCCACACACAUCUCACCCAUUCUUUCCUUUUCAACCAUGAUGAACAUCCAACCUGCCAUCAAUGUGACCUACCACUGACAAUUGAACAUCUCACACUCAGCUGCACCAAGUACAACCAUGAACGAAGCAUCUUAAACUUCCUCUCCAACAUCGAAGAAGCACUUGGUGAAACCAACACCGAUGCCAUCUUCAACUUUUUUAAUGCCAUCAAAGUAUCCAACCUAUUAUAA